AUGUUUUUUGUAACUUUUUUUGAAGAUUUUACUGUUUUAAAAAAAAUUGGAAAAGGUAAAUAUGCUAAAGUUUAUAAAGUAAAAAGAAAAAAUUCUAUAGACGAAAAUUAUUAUGCUGUUAAAUUUUUAUGUAAAAGACCUUCAGAAACAAUAUAAAAUUAAGUAGAAGCCGUAAUGAAUGAAAUCCUAAUUUUAAGAUAAUUAGAACAUGAAAAUUGUAUUAAGUUAUACCAAGUAUAUGAAGAUAACGAGGGAUAUUAUUUGGUAUUCGACCUUUUAGAUUUCGAAAAUACUAUAUAAAAAUAAAUAGAUAAAAUAGAAGACCCUAAGUAGUUGUAGGAAUUCAUAAAAGAAAUAAUGCGUUAAAUAUUAAACGGAUUAAUAUAUUUACAUUCUAAGUAAAUAAUGCAUAGAGACAUAAAAUUAUAAAAUAUAAUGCUUUAAAAUAACGAGAAUAGUUUUAUUGUAAAAAUCAUUGAUUUUGGAUUUGCUUAAUUUAUAAAUAAAAAAUAUAUUUUUGUACAUGUAGGUACUCCUGGAUAUGUUGCACCAGAAAUUCUAUAAAAUUAAUAAGAUAAUAAUAGAUAUAACGAGAAAUGUGACAUGUUUUCGUUAGGAAUUUUGUUUCAUUUAUUACUGACAGGAUAACAUAUUUUUACAGGAUAAUAAUUUAUUUAAAUUUUAUAAAAAAAUAAAGAUUUAAUUACCUUAAAAUAGAUUGUCUGCUUUUGA